GCAGCAUAUCCGAACCAGAUGAGCGAGAAGAAGCGGACCAAGGCCGACGCGGUCUCCAUGUGGCAGCACUACCAAGCAGCGCUGCAGAAGCGGCCGCUCCAGACCAAGGCGAUCACAUCCGCAGCCAUGGGCGCCUUUGGCGAAAUCGUUGCGCACGGCCUCAAGCACAAGUCUCUCCAAGGCCUUUCGCUCCAGCGUAUCCUGGCGUUUGCUCUCUACAGCGGCGGGAUCACGGCGCCCGUCAUGCACGCGUGGUAUGGCUUUCUCGAGCAAUGCCGAGUCCGCGGCGACCGCCUGUCGAACAACGGCAAGCUUUUGUUUGACCGUCUCCUUCUCACGCCCCCUUUCUUGGCCUUGACGCUCUUCACGUUGUCGCUCUUGACGGGCGCGUCGGUCGCAGCGUCCAAAACACUCGUGCGCACCAAGUACAUCACUGCGCUCUGGAUGAACUGGAAGGUCUGGACGCUGACGCAAUACCUCUCGUUCAACUACGUCCCGCCGCACUUGCGUGUUCUCUGGGGCAACGCCGUCGCCGUGUGGUGGAACUGCUACCUCUCCUUGGCAUCGUAAUCGAGGCCCCAUACGUCCCAUAAUUCGUCAAAAAAGCAAGGCAUUAGUUAACGUGCAACGGAGCUUGCUACUUGGUUGCGG